AUGUUGGAGAAACAUUUGCUGAGACACCAGUUUCAGCGGGAGGUUCACUUGGCUAGAAAGGCGGCACUUUAUGUGGCUCGAACGCAGCAUGCUGCAUCCAGAAAGCCUGGUGGCAUUGUCAGCAAGUAUUUGAUUUGUGCAACCUGGGCAUUGCGUUGGUUCGAGCUCAAUCGACAAAGAUACGAUGUAUCACGCUUCCACCCUUGUGCUAUUCGCCAUGCGUGCAACAUGGAUGCCGCACGAGCAAGCCUUGUGGCAUCGCGCUGGUUCCAAUGGCGCAGGGCCAAUGCGCAGCGCGUGGGCACUGCGGAUGCCAUGGCCAAGAAGUAUGCGAGACUUCUGAGUGGCGAAGCAUAUGCAGCCGGUUGGUUCGACUCGUGGCGAGACUACUUGAAGAAAAAGCAGAUGGCUGAAUCCAUGGCCAAGAAAUAUGCCUUUGUUUUCCAUGGCAAUGUGCAGCUCGUGGCGGCGGCAUGGUUUGAGCACUUCAGGGGAGUUUUGCUGUCCAGGCAAACCACAGUGGGUGCUGAUGCAGCUGCACAAUCUCGGGAGCUUUGGACGGAUCGCUUGGGGCAUGUGACGGCCCUCCACUUCUGUGGCCUGUGGUUCCAACAUCACCGCCACGUCCGCUUGGCCGAGAGACUGCAACGACACUUAGGGGAGAUGCCGUCCUCCGCAGGCAGUUGGAGUUUGCUGGGUACAGUUUGGCAGCACUGGCGGCUGUCCUGUCACUCCGUGGCCAAGAGCCGAAAAGACCGCCAGAGACGCUGGUCAUUGCUGUUUGGCAGUUCUUUGACACCACGAGGCGAAGCAUCAUCGCAGUUGUGCUUGUGUGGAUGGUUUCGGGAAAUGGUGAAAGGCAGAGCCUUGCGCAUGCUGUGCAAAGACAGGUCGCAGUUUUUCGUGACCGAGUUGCUUUUGAGAGUCUGGCAGCUGUGGACCUAUGAGAUGGCGAAGGGCAGGGCAUUCCGAGUUUUGGAAGAGGCAAUCCUUUUGCGUGACGACGGCCUGGAGCUUUGUGCCCGUGUGGCACAACGGCGAGAAGAGAUUGGGCCACCCUGGUGCAUGUUGGCACUUUGGUGGUUCUGGGUGGGAAGAUGCAGAACCUCCCGUGGAGCCAUGUACUCCCUUCAGGCUGUGGCUCUCAACUCCGCAGAACAAAGCAGUCAUCAACUUGCUCGCUGCACCGAGAUCCAAGCGACGGUCGCAGACAGAGCUUUGCUUCCAUUGUGUUUUUGCUCUGCGUGGUUCGCCUGGGUAGCCAUGAGAAAGGAGGCCAGGGCUGUGGAAGGUGCUCGGAGACUUGAGGAAGCCAAGAAGCGGCCGGAAAUGAUGGUCGCUCGAGCAUCAAUGUUCAUGGGGCAGCUGGAGCUCUCCCUAUAUUUGCAGACCAGUAUCUCAGCCUGGAUUCGCUACGUGGCCAUGAGCCAAAUGCAACGGAAGCAGAAUGAUUUAGAGCAAUCCAGGUCUGGCUACCAGAUAGCUUUGCAAGAACACAAUGCAGCGCUGGAUGUGGCUACCUUGAAGUAUGAGGAGUCGUUGGAGAAACACACCUUGGAACUGAAAGAAGCUGAACAAAGGUAUGUUGCUGCAACAGCCAGCCGUCACGCAGCUGGGGAAGCACUAAAGACAACAGUGGAUUUGGCAGCUGAGCAGGCUUGUGUGGAAGCAGAGGAAAAGUAUCAGAGCGAAGCCCAAAGACACGAGGUAGCCUUUGAGGCGCAGGCCUUGCGCCAGCGUUUGCUGGAGGACCGUUUGGCAGCGGAGGUGCAAGCGGCUGAGCAAACAGAAGCCUUGGUCAUGCAGCGACACCACUCUGCACUGCAAGCUUUGGAGGACAAACACCAACUAGCGCUUAAAGGAGCAGAACAGAAGAUUCAAAGAGCGUUGGAGAAGCACCGAGUAGAAUUGGAGACGCGCUACAAGGGUGAAGCAGAAAAAAGACACGAAGCUGCCAUUGCAGAGAUCUACAUGGCUCUUGAGCGGCAGCAAGCAGAAAUGGCGAGCCUGGAAAGGAGUGAGGAACUCUUGCAGCAGCGAGAGCAGUUGGCUGCAGCACGUUGGAGCGGAGAAAUCGAUGAUCUUCGACAUUCUUCAAGUCUGCAGCAAGAGAUUCUGGCACAACACUGGGGAGGCCAAGUGGAGGCAGCUGCCCGAGAUGCACAGCUUACCACGAAGCAGGAGUUUUCUGAGUUCCUGAUCCAACGAGAUUUGAUGCACCACACCCUCUCCGAAGCCGAGGAGAGGCAAAAGGCACGGCUUCUGGCUUUGGAGCUCCGUGGGAAGGAGUCCAUGGAGAAGAUGCAGAAGGACUUGGAGCAAAAGCACUACCAACAGAGCGAACAGAUGGCGCUAGACCACCAAAGUGAAAUCGUGAAGUUCGAGGCAGCACUGGAAGCCGGACAGAUCAAACAUCAAAUUACAGUCGAGAAGUAUACCAACAUGCUCGAAGCAGUGAGACAAAAGCACGACAACGCGGCCGAGAUUCUCCGGAGAGAAAUGGAAGAGAAACACAUCACUGCGUUGGCCGAUGUGGACCAUCAGUACAGUACCACAAUGGCAAAAUGCGAAGCGGCAAAGGAAUCAGCAGAAGUACGUUUGCAGCUUGCAGAAGAACGGUUUCAGCAAGAAAUGGGCAAGAAGGACAGCAUGCAUCAGUUUGCGCUGGACAACAUGAAGUCAGACAUGGAGGGACGCCAUGCAGCGGCAUUGUCAUCGGCGCAGCAUCAGUGGGCGCUGCUAGAAGCAGCAGAGAGCCGGGCUCAGGAGAAGCACCAACUCAGUGAGGAAGCAGCGCAACGCAAGGAGGAGAACGCAGCUCAAAGGCUGGCACGUCAAUUGGCAGCUGCAGAAGCAAAGUAUCAAGUAGCGAUCCAGCGCCAUGAAGAUGAGAUCUCUGAUUUGAAGUUUCAACAUGAUUCUAUGCUCAGAAGUCGGGACUCUGCCUUGGAAGCUCUCACCGCCAAGUUGAAGCAGGCAGAAGCCAGGCAUGCCAAAGCAAUGGAGGUUGCAGAGGAAAAGUUUCGCAAGGCCUUCGACAGAGUCAAGCGUGUUGCAAUUGAGGAAGCACGACAGCAGAUUCUUGAACACCGCCGACAGUGCAAAGCUUGCCAACAGGAGUCCCUCCCUCUUCCUGCGCUACCUCCGCCCUUGCCAUCAGCGCCCAAAGCAGAGCCACCGAAGCCACAGCUUACUCCUCAGAGGUUGCAAGAGGUGACACCCCUGGAUUUGCGCUACGUUGAGUCAACUCUGGAGUCAUUGAUGGCACAAAGAAGCAAAACUUGGCUGUGGGCGCAGGACCUGCAGCGAGUAGUCGACCAAGGCAUUGCAGGUAUUCUGGAGUUGCACCAGGCCAUGCUUCUACUCCUUGAGCAAGCAGCACGGCACUCGCUUCUGCAGGGCCAAGAGGACCCCCGAGCACAAUCUCGCAUCAGUUCGGUGAAGCAGCUGGUGACGCGUGUCACUCGAGUGAACGAUGAGCUAGGAAAGCUGAGGGGCGAUCGUGCUGACUUUUGGUUCCUACUGCACCAGACCGCAGAGGAAGCAGUUCAGUAUUUGCGCCAGGCCAAUGCGCUACCAGCUCCCGGCCCGGCGGUGGUGAAGCGUUUGGAUCACGAAAUCGAGGAACUAUGUUCUGAUCAAAAGCGCUUGGCGGAAGCGUUCAGCGAUCUGGCCAUGCGCCUAAAGACUGCAGGCAAGAGCUUCGACAGCCUCCAGGAAGCUCGAGGAUCGCUGGCUACAAAUCACUCAGAGGAGGCCUAUGCUUUGGACACGGCAGGCGCUGAUGCACGAGACCUACUUCGCACCAGUGGCGAGGUGGUGAGUGCCUUGCUUCGUGACCUACGAGAUUUGUUCUACUUGGUCGAUGGCUCCAACCUUCGUCCGCGGCUCCGGCCCCACCCAUCAUUGGGAUCUGGGCAGAUGGACGACAGGCCGAUGUUGGAAUCAAGCCCGAGCCGUGCAUUUGGGACAGAACUGGGUUGA